GGAGAGUCUCAUCAUUUACUGACUGUUUAUAAUUAAUUUGAGAAUAGAGGAAUUAUGACAGAAUAUUAUGCAAUGAUCAGAGUAUUUUAGAUUGUCUGAAAAUGGAUUUAGGUCAUGUGAAUGUUCGAGGACAGAAUGUUGAUCUCCUUCAUCAAGCAAUUCAUCCUGAGUAUGGAGUUGUGUGGACUGAUGGUAAAACCAUCUACCUGGCUCCCGUUCAGCUCUCCCACGGUCAAGUGGUCAAUCAAAGAGCUAUAAAGCUGGGCAAGUUUGAGCAGUCUGUGAAGAGUGUACACUGGAGCUGUAACAUAGGACCACAUUCCUGUUACAUGUGUGUCGUCCAUACACAGCACUUAUCUCUCUGGACAGUUGAUGGAGUUGUCCCUAAACUUAGCUUCAAGCAAGUCCGAAAACUAAAUGUCCAACCCAUCUCAAAAGGUUGCCUUUGGAAUCCUUGUAGAGACAUUCUGUGUAUCCUUAGUAAACAGCAGUGUAGUUUUUUCUUCAGCCAUGCCAAGAACCGAGGGAGUUAUGCCUUCCCUCCUCUGGAAAGCGGAAAAAUCAGUUGUGGAAGCUGGUCACAGGAUGGAACCAGGCUGAUUUUAUGUGUAGGAGCUGUUAUACUGGUAUACACGUGGGAUGACAUAGACCUUUCUAUUAACAGUUUCACACCAUCAGCUUGGAAGAUUCCUGGGUUGGAUGGCAGCAUCAGAAGUGUCAGUCUCUUGUCUAAGUCCCUGUUAGUUUGUGCUACAGAACUUCCAUUGGAAUCUCUUUGUAAAAACCAGGACAUGUUUGAUGCUCCCACAGUGUUGAACGGAGACAAUCUUCCCCAGAGCAAUGAUUCUGACAUAAUCGUGCCAAAGAAACAAACCUCCUCACAAUCAAUUACAGGUGUGCUGUUAAACCUGCCCAAAAAUCCACAGAGUAUCAUUCAGGAGACAGCACAGUUAGUGACCGUCUAUUUACGUGAGAACAGAGACCCCCAGAGGAAGAGCUGUGUGGGGGUCAAGGGUCUCCUGUCCCCAGAGGUUCUGAUUUAUGAGCCCAGCUUGAGGUCACUUGUUGUUGGGAGUAACACCCAGAAUGUGCUGCAGGUAUUUACAUUCACCAAGGAGGGACCAUCUGGCGAUCUGGUCAAGUCAGCAGAAAUUCAAAUGGACAAAUUAGAAAGAUCUAAAGGAAUUAGUUUAAUUCCUAAAGAUUCAGCCAUUGGUUACAAAGGAAUACUUAUCGCAACCGGAACAAAGAAAAACAACGACUCAACCUUUCUACCAUCAACAUCAGGAUCCAACAUGGAUGUCAAACUAAAGUUCUUCUCCAUAGAUGUUGAUCCACUAUGCAUCCAGCCGGACAAAAAUUUAAAUGAAUCUGCUGACUCAUCAGAAUCAGUGUGCAGUAGUCUGUCCUCCAUAGAAUCACCAAGGCAACAAAUCAGAGUGAAGAUGGAGCUUGAACAAACAGAAUCUUCAGACAAUCUAAAUGAAAAUACUGUUCCUAAAUGUGAUUCUGAGGAUACCACAACUAGUGCAGAUUUGUACCUCCCCAAGCAGAAAACACGUACUGAACUAUGUGAUCCAUCUGAUACGGAUUCAGAAGCAUCACCAAGGGAAGUAACUCCAAGAUCAGAUCAAAAUGACAAUUCAAACAUUGAUAUUCCAAACCAAUUUGACACAGACUCCAAACUCUCUUCAGAGAGCCAAGAAACACGAGAAGAAUCCAUACCAAAGAUAACUAUUACUGAUGUUAUUGUUGCAGAUACUGAUGUUUCUCCAAGGGAGAUAACCUUACUCUCUGCACCAGAUAACUCGGCCAGAUCUAAAAUUGUGGACUUGAACCAAUCCAUCAGUGUUGAGAGUGAUCUUGAGACAGAAAAGGUGGAUUUUUCUGAGCAAGAAGCCAGAUUCUGCUCAAGCAUUAGUGUAGAGGACACUGAAGAUGGAAUGGAUGAAGUCACAAAAAGUUUGAAUUCCAGGCUGACUAAAGGAAGUGAGGAACAAGAAGGCAGUAUUAUUCCUGAUUCAGAUGUGAUGAGGGUAGAUUCUAUUGGAGCUACACAGCAGCCAUUAGAGGAAGUGCCUCCUAGUAAUUCAGAUGGGAAACAAAUCUAUGUUCAGAAUAAAGAUGGAAUGGAUGAAGUCACAAAAGAUUUGAAUUCAAGGCAGAUUAACACAGCAAAUGGGGAUGAAGAGGGUAGCAUUAUUCCAGAUUCAGAUGUGAUGAGGGUAGAUUCUAUGGGAGACAGAGCUACACAGCAGCUGUUAAAGAGAGCACCUGUCAGCGAGUCAGAAGGGGAACAGAUCUAUAUCCAGGAUGAAGAUGAGGUACUCAAAAUAGAACAGAUGGAACAGGAACUUCUUGAACAGAGUAAGCAAAUUCAACAGUUGAGUGAAAAGGUAGCCAAAAUUGCACAGAGGGUUGAUGAAACCACAUUAGUCUUCCCAACUCGAUAUCAAAGUAUAGAAAACCCAGACACUGUGUUAAUAGUCUGUAGAUGUCCUAAUAAGAAAACAGCCAGGAAAACUUUCUUACUAGACAAUGGAAGGCUAGCUUUGGACACUGUAAAGACCAGCUUUAACCUGGACACUGUAGAGAUAUUUAUAGAUGGUGACCCCUGCACAGUGUCCAGUAAUAUAGAUGGCUACAUCCCUCUAAGGUUCCAACCUUCUUCCACUCUCAUCAUCCAGGGAAAACCCUCCAAUCCCAGAAUUCCACACCUUGUAGAUUCUGGGGAACACAAGCAUUACGAUGCUGAAACUACAAAUGGCACAAUGUGUUAAUUUUUCUUUACGUAUGCCAAGAAAUAUUGCAGAUACAAUCAGAGAAACAUUGAACAUUUUAACAUUUAUCUUGAAGUGCUGUAAAGCGUUACAAUAUACAAAUAGCUGAAUCUGCUUUGCUAGUUUCUGUCAUUUUAUCAGUAAAUGAUAUACAUUUCUAUCUAAUACAUGUAGUUCAAUACAUGUAUCAAAAUAUUUGGAAAGACUGUGAAGAUUUGAAUAGAAAGCCAUGUGUUUUAUAUCUGAACAAGCAGUAAGGAAUAUGUAUCUUUACUUGUGUUCAUUUUUUUUUUAAAUUUUAUUUUGUUCAUUUUAGACAGUUUGCAUUUUAUGAGGAAUACUGUUAUCUGUUUUCUGAACAUGGUGAAAAACUACCUUUUUACUCUUGUUAUUUUGUUUUAUUAUAUACCCAACUGUUUGUCACUCAGUUUUACUGUUGAAUUUAUGCAAUCACGUGACGGUGUGAUCCGACAUUCUGGAUCACCACACUGUGGUUUUCUGAAUCCAUAUCACCCCUCUCUGAAACUGAUGACGUAGUACACAGGUAAAUGACGUUUUUAUUCUCACGCAUCAAAAUGUUCCUUGACAAAAUGGUUUGUUUACUGUAUAAAAGUUAGGUAAUUGAUUCAAAAAAGUUUCCUUUUAUUAUAUUUUGCUAGUUGUAAAGGGGUAUAUAAUAAAUUUAUCAUUAUAACAGUAACUUGAUCCGAAGAGCCGUAUCACGUCGAGUUGACAGGCGCGGAUCAUCAGAUCAAACGAGA